AUGGCUCAAGAUACUAACUUGACAACGCUAAGCAACAAGCUAACAAGACGGGCCCGGGCAUCUCGAGCACACGGGCCUGACACAGGGCCCGUGACCCCGGUCCCAGAGCUGCGGCUCUGGGCUUCGCCACCCUCUGGCCCCUUCGACAGCGCAGCUGGCACCGUCCUCCCCGCGGCUGGACACCCGCCCGCCGGGCUGGGCAAGCGCUUCCUGGCGGCGCCAGGACCUGCUUGCCCCGGGCCCUCCAACAAACGGAGGAUGCCGAGGUCAGCCCCGGCUCCCGACACGUUUCCUCCGGCAGGUCUGGGGGAGGGCCGUGGGAACGGGGUCGGCGCUGGAGAGGGACGGCGCGGGCGGCAGACGCCAGCCCAAGCCGGGUCCGAACGCCACCACAGCCGCCGCGCCCCUCAGCCCGCCGCCGGCAUGAGGCGGGCCGGGCCCUGGUGCCUGCUCCUGGCCGCUGCCUCCGCCCUGGCCCGGACCCCGCCACCCCCGCGGGCCGCCGUGCGCUGCCCGCCCGCCGGCGCCUGCUUCAGCGCCCACCUCGCCAACGUCUCGUACGCCGAGGCCCGCGGUGCCUGCGACCAGCGGCAGGGCGGCCUCGCUUGGGUCAGCGGCGAGCCCGAGCUGCGACUGCUGCUGGGGCUGCUGGCGGAGGCAGCGGUCCCCACGCCCGCGCUGUUCUGGGUCGGGCUGAAGAGGAACGCCUCCGCCUGCACCCACGAGGAGCAGCCGCUCCGCGGCUUCUCCUGGGAGGACGUUGGGGGUGGGACGGCCCCGCAGGAGGUGCCGGCGGCGCUCGGCCGGUGGGUGCAGGAACCCCUGCGGUCCUGCCUCACCGCCCGCUGCGCCGGGCUGCAUCUGGCCCGGAAUGGCCCCAGAUGGGGCUGGAAGGAGCGGGUCUGCCAGCUGGAAAGCCCGGGCUACCUCUGCAGGUAUCAGUACGAGGGUGCCUGCCCCGACCUCAGUCCCGCGGGCGCCCUCGACCUCGACUACCGCCUCCCCUUCGAGGAGCACAGCAGCGGCCCCGGCUUCAGCCCGCCGGGCACCGUACUGACGGUGGCUUGUCCCGGCGGGGAGGUGCGGUUCACCUGCCAGCCCGAGCCGGGCGGCUUCGCCUGGAAGGCGGCAGAGAAGCCCCUCUGCCCCUGCCCCUUCGGCCGCAGGAGCCCCGACAGCGGGCGGUGCGCCGAGGCCGCCGGGUGCCGCGAUGCCGCCGGCGGCGUCGCCUGUGCCUGCACACCGGACGGCCCGGGUGGCCCGGACGGGACUCCCUGCCCGGGCACGGGGCCGACCCCCACCGCUACAGGCGGCCCCGCGGAGCCGUCGGGUGCCAGGACGGAGGGGCGGCGUCCUUCCAUCCCUGCACCCGGCGGUUCCGUGGAGCCUCCCGCCACCACCACGGCCGCCGCCGGCGGAGAGAAGACGGCUGCUCCGCCGCCCUCCUCCUCUUCCAACUACGUUUUCAUCCUGGUGACAGUCGCGGUGGUGGUGCUGGUCAUCCUGGUCAUGACCGUCCUUGGGGUGUUCAAAAUCUGCUUCAACAAGCAAUCCGAGGGCCACGGGGACAAGGAGCCGCCGGAGGCCGGCAGCAAGGCGGAGGCAGGCUCAGCGGAGCCCAGCGGAGCAGCGGGCGGUGAAUAGCCCCGGACGGCCGAGGCCGCGUCCCUCGGGGCUGCCCUGAGCGGCAGCUCCCACCUGGGCCAGAGCUUGGCUCCCCACGUCCCUGCUGCCCCCCGCCCUGCUGCCGGGGGGAGCCGAGGGAGAGGCGCCGCGGGACUUGGCUGGGCAGGGCUUGCACAUUAUCAGGUGCAGGAGCGCGUAGCGACGUUCUUUUGAGGUGAUUGAAGCCUUUGGACAGUCAGGAAUUUUUGUCGGUCUGAAAAAGUUAUUUAGGUGCUGACUUCAGUAAAAUAUAAAUAGAUCAGCCUGGCUGACAGAGCGAUUGCAGCUGCAACAAUUGUGCAUUUUUAUCCUCUCAGAAACUCUUCGUUGGGUGCCUUACUUGGAGCAAGCAUAAAGUGGACCACUUUGAGCACUUGCAUCUUGUAAUCUAGAAUCUAGAUUUGUAGAUCUAGAAUUGUAAUCUUGUAAUCUGGAAGUCACUCUUUGCCUGAGUGGUACUUGGAGGCUCUCAUUUUCAAUCUAAUUGCUGGAACUUUUGGAGAGGUGAACUGCCAUAAUUUUGAAUGAAACUGUGACCCAUAUGCUUUCGUACUGACCUUAAAAAGUGAAAGUGUAUUUCUAUACAUAGAAAGUCACUAAACUGCUGAGGAAGUGAGAGGUUAAUGGGGAGUCAGUUUUAUACUUCAGCUGAUGAAAAUAAUAAAGGAUGAUGUAAAUCACUGCCCUGUUCAUUACUUCAUGCUCAUUUUUAUUGUAGCAGAGAAUAAAUUUUUCAGUUACAGUUUUUCUCCUAA